UAGUAAUCCAUCAUUCAAUGCUUUACCAAACUCACCAUCCAAAAUUCUCUUUCAAUUUCAUCCCUUCACUUCUUUCACUACUCCUCACUUCUCAACUACAUCCCUUUCCUCUCUACCUUCUCUCCAUCUAUUUCUCUCUUCUGCUAAACUAUCCUAUUCCACAUUCACAUAAACUUCAACUUCAUUUUUUUACUUUUCCUACAAAUUAAAAACAUAAUUAAAUUUAAUUUAUAUUAUUUAUUUAAUUUUACAGCCCAAAACACAAAUGGAAUGUGUGAAAACAGCAGAAACAGCUUUAAAAAGCAGUUUCACCAUAACCACAACCAUGAAACUCACUCCACAAACUUUGUUAGAAGAAUUAUCUUCUUCUAAUGUCCAAGACAUAGCUCCUAUCGAUGAUUUCUUUGUCGAUGAUUUCCUUAACUUUUCCAACGAAGAACAAGAACAAGAACAAGAACAACAAAACAUUCUAGAAGAAAAACAACAAAACAUUCUAGAAGAAAAACAACAAAACCAAACCCCUCAACAAAAUACCCAAAAUCAAAACGAAAUUUCUCACCCAUUAAUCAACGACCAUUUUUCUUCAUUACCCACUUCCGAACUCACCGUUCCGGUAGAAGAAGCUGCUGAUUUAGAAUGGUUAUCAUAUUUCGUUGAAGAUUCAUUCUCAGAAUUUGCCAUAACAGAAAAUCUUCAAGAAAAAGCUUCUGAACAAAAACCCACGUUUUCAACGCCGUGUUUCAAACCUCCGGUACCGGCGAAAGCAAGAAGCAAAAGAACAAGAACCGGUGUUCGUGUAUGGCCAAUUUCGUUAAUGGAUUCAUCUUCAACUUCUAGCUCAACUACCCUUUCUUCUUCAUCCUCACACCAUGAAGAAUGUUCCAAGCCGCCGGAGAAAAAGAAGAGAGUGAGUUUGCCGGACGGAGAAGGGAGAGGUGUGCCUCGGCGGUGUAGUCAUUGUGGUGUUACAAAAACUCCUCAGUGGCGAACCGGACCGGUUGGACCCAAAACGCUUUGUAAUGCUUGUGGAGUUCGUUAUAAAUCGGGUCGGUUGUUACCCGAAUAUAGACCCGCUUGUAGCCCGACUUUUUCGACUGAGUUGCAUUCUAAUCAUCACCGGAAAGUUCUUGAGAUGCGGCGGAAGAAGGAGGAUGUUCCUGGUUCGCCACUCACUGUUCCCGGUUUUUGAUUAGUUAAUUUUCUUUUUUAUUUAGUUAGAGAAAAAAAAAACUAGGUUGAGUAAUGAGUUUAAAUUAUUGAGUCUUUUUAUUUUUAUAUUUUAUUUUAGUGCGUAAAUAUUUGUUUUUUGAAAGUGUGUCAAGUGAGUGAGGUAGGAGUCGCUCACUAUUAGGUGUUACCACUAUAACUUAGGUUACACUUUUUUUUCCUCGGUAACCUAGCUAUCUUCUAUGCGUAAUUGCAAAAAUUAAUGAGCAUCGAAUUCAUCCUA